AUGCAGAAAAGAGUGUGGAAGGACAUAGCCAGUAAUUUCCAUGAAAAAGGAUACAAUAUCACUGAUGAGCAAUGUUUAACAAAAUGGAAAAAUUUAAAACAAAAAUAUAAGCAUGUACGAGAAAAUAACAAUGAAACUGGUCGUGCUGCACAAACUUGGGAAUAUUUCAACAUGAUUGAUGAAUUCUUACAUACUAGACCUGAAAUAUUACCUGUCUCAGUUGCUUCCAGUACUCACGGAUUUCGAAUAAGAGAAAGAAGUCCUUGUACAGACUACGAGGAAUAUAAUAAUGAAAAUGAUCCUGCAGUGUCAAAUACUUCUUAUGGCAUUAUACGCAAUGUGAGAAAACGCCAAAAACGCCAUACUACAAUAUUGGAGCAAUUAUUUAAACAAAGAGAAGAGCAUCAUAAAAAGAACGUAGAAUGCAAGAGAAAUUUUUAA